CGGGAACGCCAGCAGCCGGCUGAGGGCUGCACAAUUGGUGGAGGGCAGGGCGCGGUGAGAGCGCCUCGGGGGAAUAGGGCAAGGCGGCCGGGCCCCUCCCAUUCCGCCUUUUCUUCAGCGCCCUGCCGGCAGCACUGACUGCGGGCGCCGGGCCACCGGCGAGUGUGCGCAGGGACUCCGGACACUCGCGGCAGCGAGCUGAGGGCGCAGUCUCCACGAGGACCGAGGCGGACCCUUCGGCGCCAUGCGCGCCCUCCCCGGCCUGCUGGCGGCCAGGGCGCCUACGCCCCGGUUGCUCCUCCUCCUUCAGUGCCUUCUCGCCACCGCGCGCCCAAGCUCGGCGGACGGCAGUGCCCUAGAUUUGCCUUUUACAAGUCUACCUCUCAGAGAAGAAAUGAUGGCAAAUAACUUUUCCUCGGAGAGUCAUAACAUAUCACUGACUGAACAUUCUAGUAUGCCAGUAGAAAAAAAUAUCACUUUAGAAAGGCCUUCUAAUGUAAAUCUCACAUGCCAGUUCACGACAUCUGGGGAUUUGAAUGCAGUAAAUGUGACUUGGAAAAAAGACAGUGAACAACUUGAGAAUAAUUAUCUUGUCAGUGCAACAGGAAGCACCUUGUAUACCCAAUACAGGUUCACCAUCAUUAAUAGCAAACAAAUGGGAAGUUAUUCUUGUUUCUUUCGGGAGGAAAAGGAACAAAGGGGAACAUUUAAUUUCAAAGUCCCUGAACUUCAUGGGAAAAACAAGCCAUUGAUCUCUUAUGUAGGGGAUUCUACUGUCUUGACAUGUAAAUGUCAAAAUUGUUUUCCUUUAAAUUGGACCUGGUACAGUACUAAUGGGAGUAUAAAGGUUCCUGUUGGUGUUCAAAUGAAUAAAUAUGUGAUCAAUGAAACAUAUGCUAAUGAAACAAAGCUGAAGAUAACACAACUUUUGGAGGAAGAUGGGGGAUCUUACUGGUGCCAUGCACUAUUCCAAUUAGGCGAGAGCGAAGAACACAUUGAGCUUGUGGUGCUGAGCUAUUUGGUGCCCCUCAAACCAUUUCUUGCAAUAGUGGCUGAGGUGGUUCUUUUAGUGGCCACCAUUCUGCUUUGUGAAAAGUACACACAAAAGAAAAAGAAGCACUCAGAUGAGGGGAAAGAAUUUGAGCAGAUUGAACAACUGAAAUCAGAUGAUAGCAAUGGUAUAGAAAAUAAUGUCCCCAGGCAUAGAAAAAAUGAAUCUCUGGGCCAGUGAAUGCAAAACCUCAUGUCGAGAAUCAUUGGAAGAUAUACAGAGUUCGUAUUUCAGCUUUGUUUAUCCUUCCUGUUAAGAACCUCUGAGUUUUUGGUUUUAGAAGGAUGAAAAGCUUAUGCAACAUGCUCAGCAGGAGCUUCAUCAAUAAUACAUGCUAUCUCAGAUCUAAAGGUAUAUUUUCAUUCUGUAAUUAUGUCACAUAAAAGCAAUGUAAAUCAGAAUAAAUAUGUUAGACCAGAAUAAAAUUAAUUAUAUUCUGGUCUUCAGAGGAUGCACGGAACAGAUACCAGCAGAAUCACUUAAUACUUCAUAGAACAAAAAUCACUCAAAACCUGUUUAUAACCAAAGAAUUCAUGAAAAAGAAAGCCUUUGCCAUUUGUCUUAGAAAGUUUUUUUUUUUUUUUUUUUUUUUUUUUUUUUUUUUUUUUUUUUACAAAAUCAUGCUUAUUAUUAGUAUCUAUGGAAGUAUAUGUAACAAUUUUUAUGUAAAGGUCAUCUUUCUGGGAUAGUGAAAAAAUAUGUCUUUACUAAGUUGAAUACUUUCUGCCUUUGCUAAUGAUAGUUAUUCUACAAUCUCUACAAGAAAAACAUACCUUUUAUCCAGAAAUAUUGGCUUAAGGCAAAUAAAUAAAACUGUGCUUGCUCUAAAGCUCUGUCACUACAAAAGCAAAUUUUCCAGUCUUUAUUCCACUCAUAACUACUACUCUCCCCACCAGGCUAAAGUGCUUCUUAGUUUUUAAUUAGGGUUUCAAACUUCAUAAGGUACACCGUUGUUUAUAUUUUAGAGUACAGGUCCAUAUAGUUGUAAUACCUAAAACAGUGCUACUCUGAUGCUUUUGUGGCUCAUGGUUUCCUGGUGUCUUUAAUUUAACACCUGGCUUCCUGGUAUCUAUGGCUGGUUAGAUAUCUAAACUUGUAUUAUUAGUGCUUUACAAUAAUAAUUCCCUUGACUGAAGUCCAGAAUUACUAAAGUACUUCUUUUUUAUUGCUGUGAAUGCCUUAGACUUAUCUUCAAAAAUAGAAUGCAUUGUUUCUAUUGCGUAUAUAACUGAAAUAUUUUAUAAACUCACUGUAAUCAAAUCUUAUCUGAAUCGACAUGAAAAGUUGUCAGUGCUUGAAUGAAAUACUAAAAUCAUGCCACAGGAUGCUAGAUAAGGUAAAUGACCAUGAUGUAUCCUUGGAGCUGGUGGGUGCAGUGUUCCACUGCUCGCAGGGUGAUAACUUUAAGAGUAGAAGCAAAGAGUGGUGGUGUGGAACCCAAGAUUCUUGGCGACUAGGGGAUUUAAAGGUUGGGGAGGAGGACUUCAAUGAUUUGAAAAGAAAUACUUUAUAAAAAUUUACUCCGUGUAUUGGCUAAGAAAAAUAUAAUAAAAUUUUGGUAGUGAAAAUUAUAUCACUAAUGUUUACCAUUAUUACUAGUAUGAAUAAUAUACAUAAGGUAGUGACUUGGAAGCUGGUCAAUUCUUUGUUGGUAUAACAAAAAGCAAUAUUUUGUUGUAAAGCAUCCUAACUACACAUAUAAGUUUGCUGAACUUGAAUACAUCCCAGUAAUGGCAAACUUCAUUUUAUUCUUGGUUUUCAUUUUAUUCUGGUCUCAGGUCCAUGCAUUUAUUUUAAUUUAGUUAAUUAUUAUUUUGACAUUACUUGGGUGAUAUGUAUAUAAUGGUAGAUAACCAAUCAGCUUAAUUAAUCUAAACUAUUUGAAUUCAGGGAAAUAUUAGUCAAAUCUGCUGUUUGACUAAAUACAAUUCAAAGCAGUAUAUUUGUGACUGGGAAUAUAGAACACAAGGAAACAAAUAUGUAGCCCAACAAAUGUGUAGCCCAUCUGCAGUAUGCAUUCUUCCAUUUUGCCACCACUAACCAUUGAGGCUGAUACAAUUUUCAAGCAAGAAGCAUUGCUUCCCGAAGGUAAAAUAAUCAGAAAUAUUUCUAUAGUAAAUUGAAUUUGUAAUUGGCAAUACGUUUUUUUUUUGUUUGUUUGUUUGUUUGUUUUAGCAAAAAUAAUUUCAGUAACCUUAAAUAGGAAAAGUACUCAAAAAUUAAAGUUGAUGUUUGGCUUUUUAUAGUCUUUCUAGAGGACUUCUAGAAAAUUACCAGUGUUGGAUUUUAAUCUGCUUCCGCUAACCAAUCUUAUAGUGAUGAUAAAUGGAUUAACUAAUACUGACCAACUGUAAAUUGACUGCAAAUAAUAAGCCACAUAAAAGCUGAAGUAGGAAAACUACUCCAGGUUUAUAUAUUAGGCACCUUGGGUAAUUCUCUUAGUCGUUCCAGCUAACAAGGAUUUUCAGCAUAAUAAGUAGAUUUAAUGAUGGCAUAAAAUUCCCAGAUACUUUCAUAUACAUUUUUUUGCCAAAGUGUAAAUCUCCUUUUGCAGUCUCUUUGUUAUUAUUCCAACAUCUAGCUUCUCAGACCCCGAUCUAGAACUCAUUGUGAUAUUUUCUUCUUCUGUGUUAAUUAACACUUAUGGGUCAUGAAUCCCUGCUCCUUUGACCUUUUUAAUAGCUCAUGAAUCCACCCCAUUGCCUCCCCAACUCUGCCCUCACCAGCUGCAACAGCUAAUGCCUUGAUUUUCCUACCUCAGUCUCCUUUUCUAUUAAUCCCUCUUUUGCAUGGCUGCCUGAGUCCACUUUCUCAAACACAAACCUCACUAUGCAACUUUGGAAUCUCUGUAGGGUCACCUUUGCCAUUUCUUAAUAUUGCAUUCUCCAAAUUGCUAAUCUCUAUCCAGUCUCUUGAACUAGACUUGGCACAUGGAGAUUCCGCUCAGAAAGUGCUCUUCACACUUCCACCUGCUUGACUAACCCCAGGUUAUCUUUCAAGACUUGAAUCUGAUCUUGUGUCUUAGAGAAGCCCCCAUACCUAGUAGAGCAAUUACCAUCUUACAUGCUUAAAUAACUCCACAUUUAUUUGUGUUUAUUACUCUGUGUUAUAAAUACACAUUUGUUGUUCUCUCUCUUGGAUUAUUUUCUUUCUUUGUCCUGUAACUACCACUGAAAGGGUGCAAUAGAGAUGUCUUGAAAUGUGUAUUGAAUGGAUGGAUGUAUAAAUAAAAAUUAAAUUUUGUAAAUUUCUACUUAUUCUUAGAAAAACAAUCUAAAUUUUGACAAAUCAGAAUUGAAAAAAAAUUAUAAAGAAAACCAAGCUUUUAUAACUUCA